AUGGCGACCGAGGGGGAAUAUGAGUCGGUCUUAUGUGUGAAACCUGACGUCAACGUUUACCGAAUCCCGCCACGAGCAUCGAACCGCGGGAUCAGGGCGGCGGAUUGGAAGCUGGACUCUCCUGACUGGACAGGUCGCAUGAGGGUGACAGCCAAAGGCAAAAUCGUCUACAUCAAACUAGAAGACAAAGUCUCUGGGGAGCUGUUUGCUCAGGCACCAGUGGAAGAAUACCCUGGCAUCGCCGUGGAAACCGUGAGUGACUCCAGCCGCUACUUUGUCCUGCGUAUUCAGGAUGGGAGCGGUCGUAGUGCUUUCAUAGGCAUUGGCUUUGGGGAUCGAGGAGAUUCUUUUGACUUUAAUGUGGCUCUGCAGGACCAUUUUAAAUGGGUGAAACAGGAUAGUGAGAUGAGUAAACAGGACCUGGGUUCUGGUCCUAAACUGGACCUGGGCUUUAAGGAGGGCCAGACCAUCACCUUAAACAUUGGGCAAACAAAAAAGAGGGAUAAGUCCCGCCCACAAGGUUCAGGUGGGUUUGGGCUCCUCCCACCACCUCCAAGUGGCAAGUUAGCACCACCUCCUUCUGCUCCUGCAGCCAAUCAUGACACACAAGCGCCAACAGGAGGAAGUGAAAGCAGCUGUUUGUUGGAUCUAGACACCAGUACUUCCAGUUCGUCAGUUCAGCAGAACCAGUCUAACUCCAGUGCAGAUUUAUGGGGGGAUUUUUCCACACCUGAGAGUUCAGAAGAGCCAGCGAAGCAGGAAUCUUCCUCCACUGGCUGGGUGCAAUUCUGA